CCAGCCGCCGUGCGCCAUGCGGAGCACCCCGCUGAGCGAAGGCGAGCCCUGGCCUCGCCUCUGCACCUCGGAGCUGGGCUCCCUGAAGCGGCUGAGGCGCAAGCAGCCAAGCUGCAAAAGUUUCCGCGUCCAGCUUCAAGUGCUGAGCGGCAGGAGGCCGGGGCUCCGAGCCCCCCCGACGCCCCCCGACGCCCCGACGGCCGCUUGGGACCCGCGGGGCGCCGCGCUCCGAGCCGCAGCCUCCGCUCCGCCGCCGCCCCCCGCAGCCUCCGCCGCAGCCUCCCGGCCUCCGCCGCCGCCUCCCGCCGCUGCCUCCCCGCGGCCCCGGGCCUCCGAAGCAGCCGGAGUGUCGCCGGAGAUCAAAGCCCUGCAGCAGACCCGGCGGCUGCUGGCCAACGCCCGGGAGAGGACCCGGGUGCACACCAUCAGCGCCGCCUUCGAGGCGCUGAGGAAGCAGGUUCCCUGCUAUUCUUAUGGUCAAAAGUUGUCCAAACUGGCCAUCUUGAGAAUAGCCUGUAACUAUAUCCUUUCCCUGGCCAGACUAGCAGACCUGGAUUACAGCGCUGACCACAGUAACAUGAGCUUCUCUGAAUGCGUGGAGCAGUGCACUAGGACCUUACAAGCAGAAGGAAGAUCUAAAAAAAGGAAGGAGUAAUAACCGGGAAGGGAGAGUGGAGGAGCUUCCAGCCAGAGUUACAUCUGUUCUUGGCAAAGGUCGCGUGAUCCAGAUGAAGACUGCAAGCAGCUUUUUUGCAGAAACCCCUUUUCGAGAUGACGAUUGGCCAAGGAACUUUCUUCAUCUCUGGAACAGAAAGGAAACAAAAAGGACAACGAUGCUUCUUAUUGUUUUUAAGCCAGCCACCUUUUAGUACGUGCAAUUUAUUUAGCACUUUUCCCUUUGCUUAACUGGGAAAUGUUCCCCUCUCAGCUCAUGUGUACAGUCGUUUUUUGUUGUUGUUGUUGUUGCUGUUGUGCCAAAGAUUUGAUGGAGCUUCUACACUGUGUCUUAUUUUUGCCUUAACUUUAAAUCCUCGAGCCAAAGAGAAGUCAGAGGCACCGCUCAGAUCAUGGCGAGUGGGCCGGCCAGCUCUCGGGGAAUUUUCGGAAAUUUCGGGAUCCUUCUGCGAGUUUCCUCUUAGUCCUCCCAUCCUGCAGCCCUGCAGCCAGCCUUCAGUGUGGGAGCGAGCUGGGACACAGCACGUGGGGCUUCAGCCACCAGGUUAUCACCUUCCUUGGAGCCGCUCCGCGGUUCUGCCUCUUUGGCGAUUGCCCGACCUUCCAUGGGGCAGCAAGACCGACACACAGUGAGAGCUGAAGCAGGAUCUGUGGUGGUGUUUUUCUAAUAAAAAAAUAAAAUUGAAAUAAGUAGAAGCUAAGUGCCAUGUAAAGCAAUAAACGAAAAUCAGAGGGACGUUCAGCUAGGCAGAGUGAAACGCAGCGAGGCGGUUCAGCGGGCGUUUCGGUUUCGUGAAGGCAUUUUUUCCGUGGGGUUUUCGAGUGGUCAGAAACCGAUGUAAUGCAAAGGCAUUUGAAUCCUAUACUGUACCUUUCACUUCAAAUUGAAGUAAAAAGAAAGAAAAAAGUGGAGAAACAUUUGCUUGGAGUAAGCAGACCUUAUAGGUAAACGCAGUUCGUGUGCAGGACAUCUGCUAAUGAUGGGGGACAGAGCUCUGUGUUGAAGUAAAAUAACAUGGGUUUCCAAACCCAGGAGAUGAACGUAUUUUGUUUCCAGUAAAGGGAAAGGUUGUUAGCGAGGCUGGGUUCAGAUCCCAGUUACAGCAGCGUAAAUCAAGCACCAGGGGGGUCUGAAGCUGGCCCGGAGCUGGGAGGGCACCGCCGAGCAUCCUCAGGCGAGACCCUGCUUCGCUCCUCCGCCCGGCGGUGAGGCUGGACUUGAGCUCCUCGAGGCUGCCCGCUGAUUUCCCUGCACGAGCAGAUGCCCUGAGCAGUGUGCAGGGGAACGUCGAGCGUGCCAAAAACCUGAGCUUGCUCGAGCAGCAUCUGGGGUCUGUGGGAGGACCACGGUGACCCUCCCCACUCUCUGCGUCCCCUGCCCAAGGCGGGGAGGAGAGAGGUCCCGCUGAGGAUGCUCGAGAUACCCAGAGCACGCAGGGGACAGCUGUGUCCAGAUCCCCAGCUUUUCAUUAUCCUGCUCACCACCCCCUGCCCUCACCGCUGUUCAUUAUUAGCAGCCCAAUAAAAUACAUUUUUAGAUUGA